AUGACUUUCAACGUGACCAUCAGCCUGUUCCUCAUUGCCGCCAUCGCAUGCCUCACCGAAGGAUGCUGUCCGGACAUGUUCGUGGGAGUCGGUGACCGCUGCUACCACUACAGCUCCUACAAGAGAACAUGGAGCGGUGCGGAUAGUGCAUGCAGAGGGCUUGGGGCGCAUCUAGUGAGCUUCCACAACUCGGGGGAGAGUGCAGAGGUCUAUGACCUUUGGAAGAGUUAUACCGAUGUGGCUUACACCGAUGAUAAAGACAGGGCCUAUUGGAUUGGUUUUAAUGACAGGAGCUACGAAGGCUCAUUUAGGUGGAGUGAUGGGACUAGUGUGACCUACACUCAUUGGCAGAGCGGCGCACCUAACGACAACAGGGGAGAAGAUUGUGUGUCUCCCCGUAACUCUGGUAGCAGUGACAUUACCAGGGAGGAGUGGAAUGACUACGACUGCAACGAAGAGAAAUCCUACUUCUGCUACGUACCUCUCACCUUCUAAAUCACUGCAUGGCAAAGGUUCCCCAUAGGUCAAAUCAACCGUAUCGCAAGAAUUAGCUUCAACACACUAGCCAACUUGGACGUAUAAAUAUAAUUGCAAUAAGUACAAUAAAAACAAAAGAAAUAAACAAAGAAAAAUAAAUAAAUACGGAUGUUAAAUAAAGACCAAACCGCCCCCACUCAGUUGAUGCCAAUAUCCCUCAAAUUCUGAUUAAUGUGAUAUUGAUUUAGAUGGUAUUGUACUCUUUUAAAGACAAUUGCACAACAUUGUUAUUGUAAUUAGAAAUUCCAUUAUUAGAACCUUCUAUGUUGUGCGAAAACUAGAAAAUGCCAAAAUAACCAUCCGCCAACGGUCACUUUGGGCUAUAAAAGUAGUUCACUGUCUGGACUGUUCUCUAUUCGUACGUCUUAGCGACCUAUCCGCGCCCGCUCAUACGCUAGCUAUAAAAGGGACUUUUAGAUUUGCAAGUCGACAUAGUAGACUGCUACAUGUGACUUCAUUUUAAGGCACUGACAGUGCUUUACAAGAACGUCAUAUUGCAUUAAAAGGACGUCACACGUAGCUAACACAGUUCCUUUAAAGGAAGUCACACGUAGUAGUCACAGUCCCUUUAAAGGAAGUCACACGUAGCAGUCCCUAAUACUAAAAAGUCACGCAUGAAUACAGACCCUUAGAGCUAGUGAGGAACGGUAAAUUCCGUUGUGAGAGAGCGCGCGAACGCACUCAAAGAUAAAAUAUUUCAAACCAAGAACUUCUUGUUCAAACGAACAUAAUCUGUUCCAUGUAUUAAGUAGUGUUUUUGCAUAUAUUGUAAUUAAGUUUGUCCUGAAUGAUUACGCAGAAGCACAGAAUGAACUAAUUUAUCGAUAAAUGACCGCUGAGAACAUAA